GAGGGAAAAUGGCUAUGGAAGAAUUCAACACCUUUAUCAAAAGCCAAGUCGAUGACAUUGACUCCAUAGAAGCCUAUGUGAACAUCAAGCGGUUUGCCAAAGUCACAGAGAAAAAAGUCCUGGACUACCUUGAGGAUGAAGUCGGCAUACUGGAUAAAUAUGCUAUAUCCGAAAUUGCGUCUGAAUAUAAAAAAUCUGUGGACGUCAUCCAGGAUAUAGGUUUUAAGGAGGUCCAGCUUCUUCACAUCAUUGGACUCCAUUUCCAGCGACUCAAAGAAAAGCUCAAGGUUAUCGUCCAGGACUCAAAACAACGGAGGUGUCCAAAUAAACAAGGUGCAGACAGCUGUGGAUUAAUGGUGCAAACCUACAUCAACUGUAAGACCUGCUCUGAGGAGAAGGUUGUCUGCGCCGGGGGCCCUCCCAAAAAUCAAGCACAUGAUUAUCAUAUUUAUUCUAAUAUUAUAAGUGUCUUUAAUGCUCGGCUCACAUUUCAUUUCUUUCUUCUUUUCUCAGAUCUGAAAACUGGACGGUCCUGCUCUCCAUGUAAAGACCACAAGUCUCACCUGGCAGAGACUGUAAACUGUGGAGAGAUAAAUAUAAAAAUCCCAGAAUAUGAAGAACUAAUUCUGGACUGUACUUUUGAAUGGUACGCGAGGCUGGAGGAAACCUAUAACAACGUGUUCACCCUGCAUCGUGAACACAAUCCCAAAAUCACCCGGGAGCCCUAUCUAGUGAUCAAGGGCGUACAGAUGGGGGACUCCGGACGGUACACGUGUACCACCAUCCUGGACUCUGAGGUGCCAGUGAGUAAGAUCACCUAUAACGUGGCAGUUAUCAGCGGAUCGGAACAGGCGACAAAAACAUACCAUCCUCGCCCUACACUUCCUGAUGUGCUUGACAUCACAGCGCCUGAGCCGCCACUUCUAGAGGAGCUACGGAACAACAAUGCUUCCCUCAUAGCAAUAUCUGUGGCCGGCUCCGUCACCAUCAUGCUGAUCGCUGGCAUAUGCAUCUGCAUGUUCUGGAGGAAAAUGAAAUCUAGAGAGCCUCUGGAAAAAGAGCCAGUGUGAAGGCGAACCGUCAAGCACCAUCCUGUACUGCCACCUGCCAGGAAAAAAA